AACCAGGCACCCCGUUAUGGUUAGGGUUCAGCGGUAAUAGAAAAGCUUCUGUGUUUAUAUACCAAUUUAGAUGCAAAGAAAAUUUUUUAGGAAGUGUUUAGUAAUAUUAACUAUAUAUCCCAAAAUUUUCAGUAUAAAAAGAAAUGUCGAGUAUAAAUAGUAGAUCCGAUGGCAGUAGCAAAUUAUGUUGCUACGCUCAUCCUGAAGCACCACUAAUUGAGGACUACAGAGCUGGAGACAUGAUUUGCUCAGAAUGUGGACUUGUAGUAGGUGAUCGUGUUAUUGAUGUAGGCUCGGAGUGGCGUACGUUUAGUAAUGAAAAAAGUGGUGUUGAUCCAAGCCGUGUCGGAGGAGCUGAAAAUCCAUUGCUUGGUGGGGGAGAUCUGUCAACAAUAAUUGGACCGGGAACAGGGUCUGCAUCCUAUGACGCAUUUGGUGCAGCAAAAUAUCAAAAUAGACGCACAAUGAGUAGCUCCGAUAGAUCAUUGAUUUCAGCCUUUAAGGAAAUAUCUACAAUGGCAGAUCGGAUAAAUCUUCCAAAAACAAUAGUUGAUCGCGCUAAUAAUCUCUUUAAGCAGGUACAUGAUGGUAAAAAUCUCAAAGGACGGUCUAAUGAUGCUAAGGCAUCUGCAUGUUUAUAUAUUGCCUGCCGACAAGAGGGAGUUCCUCGUACUUUCAAAGAAAUCUGUGCUGUUAGCAAAAUAAGCAAAAAGGAAAUUGGUCGUUGCUUCAAGUUGACUCUAAAAGCACUUGAAACAAGUGUAGAUUUAAUUACUACAGCGGAUUUCAUGUCCAGAUUUUGUGCCAAUCUUGACCUUCCAAAUAUGGUACAGCGAGCUGCGACAUAUAUAGCGAAAAAAGCUGUCGAAAUGGACAUUGUUCCAGGAAGAUCGCCAAUUUCAGUUGCCGCCGCAGCUAUAUAUAUGGCUUCUCAGGCUUCUGAACAUAAACGUAGUCAAAAAGAAAUUGGCGACAUUGCAGGUGUGGCUGAUGUGACCAUAAGGCAAUCGUACAAAUUGAUGUAUCCACAUGCACUGAAGCUAUUUCCUGAGGAUUUCAAGUUCACUACGCCUAUUGAUCAACUACCACAGAUGUAGCUUUGUAGCUUAAACUAAUUAUUCGCUAUCACCAUUACAAUAAAUAAACAUAAAAUCUAUAAUUUGUAAUUUAAAAAUGA